UAUUUUCUUUGACCUACCAUAUUGGAAAGGGAAUUUGUUACGACACAAUCUUGAUGUAAUGCACAUAAAGAAGAACGUUGUUGAUAAUAUAAUUGGCACAUUGUUGAACAUUGAUAGUAAAUCAAAAGAUAAUUUGCAGGCAUGCCUUGACUUGAAAGAGAUGGGUUUGCGACCUGAACUUCAUCCUAUUCCCAAAGCUUCUGACAAGACAUAUUUACCUCCAGCUUCUUUCACAAUGAGUUACAUGGAGAAAGAUGAUUUAUUAAGGAUUAUUAAAAAUGUAAAGAUGCCAGAUGGUUAUGCCUCAAACGUUUCAUGUUGUGUUAAACCUCAAAAACGUACUAUAAAGGGUAUGAAGAGUCAUGAUGGUCAUAUACUAAUGCAGCAACUACUACCAAUUGCAUUGCGCAAGUCCAUAUCUAAAAAGGUUGCAGAAUCAUUAAUAGAGUUGUCUACAUUCUUUAGGGAAAUUUGUUCCAAGACGUUGCGAGUAGAAGAUUUAAACCGAUUAGAGUCCAGAAUACCCAACAUACUGUGCCAAUUGGAGAUGAUCUUUUCACCUGGAUUCUUCACGAUUAUGGUGCAUUUGACUGUGCAUUUAGUUGCUGAAUCCAAGCUUGGUGGGCCAGUUCAUUAUCGAUGGAUGUAUCCUGUAAAGAGGUAUUUACAUCGACUUAAAUUUCAUGUACGUAACAAAGCUGCACCGGAAGGCUCCAUUUCUAAAGGGUACUUAUUGGAGGAAUUGUUGACGUUUUGUUCUCAUUAAUGGGAAUCCGCA